UUACUAUGGCGACCGCUCUGACGUCAUUUCUGCGCGACGGAAGCACGCCCGCCUGAGGCAGAAGAUGGCGGCGGCGAAGCGCAGCGUCCUGUCCUCUUUGGCGGUUUAUGCCGAGGAUUCAGACCCGGAAUCGGAUAGCGAGACCGGGACGGCGGGAAGCGAUGGGGGAACGGCUACGGGAGAGAAAGGAGGGCUCGUCUCGGUUGGGUACGGAGAAGAUGAUUUCAGCCGCCUGGAUGGGGAUGAGGAGGGCUAUGAAGAGGAGGACGACGAGAACAGCAGGCAGUCAGAAUUCUCAGAACUGGAGAAAAGAGAUCCUCAGGAGCUAGUUGCUUCUUUUUCAGAGAGAGUGCGAAACAUGUCUCCAGAUGAGAUCAGAAUCCCUCCUGAGCCUCCUGGCAGAUGUUCUAACCACUUGCAGGAUAAGAUUCAAAAGCUGUAUGAGAGGAAAAUAAAAGAGGGCAUGGAUAUGAACUACAUCAUUCAAAGGAAAAAGGAAUUCCGCAACCCCAGCAUCUAUGAAAAGCUGAUCCAGUUCUGUUCAAUUGAUGAACUUGGUACAAAUUAUCCAAAGGACAUGUUUGAUCCUCAUGGCUGGUCAGAGGAUUCAUAUUAUGAGGCACUAGCAAAAGCUCAGAAGAUUGAAAUGGACAAACUGGAGAAGGCCAAGAAGGAGCGCACAAAGAUUGAAUUUGUGACUGGCACUAAGAAGGGCACAACAACAAGUGCUGCCUCUACAACAACCACGACAGCCAGUACUACAGUUGGAGAUGCACAGAAGAGGAAGAGCAAAUGGGACUCGGCCAUCCCUGUAACAACAAUAGCUCAGCCCACCAUCCUCACCACUACUGCCACACUGCCAGGAGUUGUCACAGUGACAACCAGUGCAAGUGGAUCCAAAACUACAGUCAUAUCAGCUGUCGGCACCAUUGUGAAGAAGGCAAAGCAGUGACCAGCACGCUGGGCUUGGAUUUUUGGACUGAAUUGUCAUCAAAACCACUGUUGUUGAAAGGGAGGGGUGGCUUUCACCUUUGGUAAAUGAUGACAGGAUUCUUUGAAACAGACCACAGCUCUCAUUUGGAGGAAUGGGGGCAGGAGCAGGCAUGCCAGCUGUGUGCGCACACCAACGGACCUCUGCCGACAAUGCCUCUCUUCUUGCUUCAGGAGGAACCAAUCUCUGUAUUGUGCUGGAGGAAGAUGAGAUACACAUUUUAUUUGUUGUAUUACUGCAUUAGGUUCUUGUCCUCCUUGCAAGUCUGGUUUAAUGGUUUUUUUUU